AUGGAUCCUCAUGCCCUCCUUAAAGCUGCUGGCUUUCUCUUCUUAAUGGUGGUCGGUGUACCGGGGAAUAUCUUUAUCUUGGUUCAAUUCAUUUGCCUGAGGAUCGUAGAAAAAAAGUUGCUCUCGGCUAAUAUAAUGCUGGUGGUUUUGGCUUUAGCAAAUCUUCUUGUCCUCUUUUCUCGCAUUUUACCUCAGUCUUUGGAGGCGAUUGGAAUGAAUAACUUACUUAAUGAUACAGAAUGCAUGCUGAUAAUAUACACUUACAGAGUUAGUAGAGCCAUGUGUAUUGCUAUCACCAGUUUGCUUAGUUGCCACCAGUGCAUUCUUAUUGCCCCAAAUUUUGGAGUGUGGUCUUUUCUAAAGCAAAAGGUUUCACAAAACACGUCUAUCAUAAUUUCCACCAUAUGGCUUAUGAUCCUCAUAAUGUACCCUUACAGCAUGUCUAUAGCACGUGCCAAAGGAAAUUUUACUACCUCUCCCUUUACACUGCAUGUGAUUUUCUGCAAUAUAGAUUUUGUAAAUUAUUUCUCAUAUAUACUCAAUGGGGCUUUUAUGGCCACAAGAGAUUUUAUUUUUGUGGGGCUGAUGACCCUUGCAAGUAGCUAUAUAGUAUACUUAUUGUUGUCUCAUGAGAAGACCGUCAGAGGAAUAAGGAGCUCAGACAAAAGGAAAAAGAAAUCGGUGGAAUACAAGGCCUCCAGAGCAGUCAUUUUACUAGUUGUGUUAUAUGUGGUUCUUUUUGGCUUGGACAACUCCAUGUGGAUUUAUACAUUGACCAUGUCUGGUGUAAGUCCUGAGACAAAUGAUGCCAGGAUAAUGCUUUCUUGUUCUUAUUCUGCCCUCAGUCCAUUUGUUAUUAUAGCUACAAACCAAAAACUGCAGCAAAGGGUAAAAUAUAGGCAAAAAAAGAAAGCUAUUCUUUGGAUUUCGCAAAACAGCACAAUAAGUGAUUUACAAUAAUGACUCCUGCAGUUCAACGGCUUCUUCAGAUUCUAUAGAUUUUCAUAUUCUAUUGACAAAAUUGUG